GUGUGUGUGAAAGGGUUAGUGGCUGGUCAGCUAUCUUGAAGUAGAGCAAGUCCUUUCGUUUCUGUAGGCGUUGUUUACUUAAGUUUCACGGACAGGCUUGCGUCGACUGGCAUUUUGUUUUCAUCUGUUCUGUGUGCUGCACUUCACGCCCGCAGUCACAGACGACGAGAUAGAAAGGUUUCUGAUUAUCAUACGACCAAUGCUAACAGGCGAUAGCCGACUUGCUAACUUGCUCCCCUUUCUUGAGCUGUGAAGAGCGUUGUGUCGGUUCCUACUAGCCCGUUAGCUUGUGGAUUAGUUCAUUGGUGUCGUGGUCAACAUUUUAUGAACGACGAUGUCUUUGACAUAGACAACCGACACUGACUAUGCAUGUGUCUAGUGGUAGAGACACUUGUCUGGUCACAGGAACGUCAGGUGUAGGACUACCUCAUGCGGAUAACUGCCGUAGCUAGCUAGCAACAGCUAUCUACUCCAAUGGAAUAGGAUAAAAAAAGUGAAUGAUCAGCUGAUUGAGCUUACCAGCUAAUAUUUUUUAGCUAGUUGUAGUUGUCCUUAAUGUGCAAGGACUCUGUGGAUGCUCCGCGAUGAAGACGUCAAGGAUCUGCCAGCUUCUAAUUGUCGUCGUAUUUAUAUCCAAGGGAACAACAGCUGCAGACCUGCCAGCCGAGGGGAAUGAAGUACCAGAUGUCAAGACAAACAUGGAGGAGGAGGACAAGGUGCCUGUGGGGGAGCGCGUGGUAGCGGGCCAGUCGGUUUACUCACCGCAGGAAACACGGGCCACCGCCGAGCAAUUGGCCGCGGAGGAGCAGGAGGCCCAAGAGGAGGCGCAGGAGGAGUCUGUGGUGCCGGGGGAGGAGAAGGAGGACCUACCUGACCAGCCACCUCCACCCAUACCAAAGCCCAAAGAGAUCCCGGUGGUGAUAGGGGGCACAGCGGCCGGUGAGCCCUGCGUCUUCCCCUUCCUCUUCCUGUCCAAGGAGUACAGCGACUGCACCACGGAGGGACGCCGCGACGGACGCCUGUGGUGCGCCACCACUUACGACUACGACCGCGACAAGAAAUGGGGCUUCUGUGAAACGGAGGAGCAGGCUGAGGAGCGGCGGCAAGCCGAGGAGAUGGAGGAGCAGUACCAGGCGGCCGUGCGCAUGAUCAACAACACCAACCGCCGCAGCCAGAAACGAGAGGUGUAUGAGAGGUUACUGAAGAUCUCUGGAAAAGGCCACACCAAGGCGUCUGAGAAGGUGGCCUACGCCAUGCUGUUUGGGGACUAUAUGGCCCAGAACGUCACCAAGGCCAAAUAUCUUUUUGAGAAGCUCACGCUUGAGGGCUCACCCAAAGCCCAAAUGGCUCUUGGCUUCCUAUAUGCUGCAGGAUUGGGAGUGAACUCCAGUCAGGCUAAGGCUUUGGUUUACUACACCUUUGGUGCCUUGGGUGGCAACCUAGUGGCCCAUAUGAUUCUGGGCUACAGGUUCUGGGGUGGAGUCGGCGUGCCACAGAGCUGUGAGUCAGCGCUCACCCACUACAGGCUGGUGGCCAACCAUGUCCAAUCUCUGUCCUCAGUGGCCAACGACGUGUCCCUGACGGGGGGCAGUGCGGUGCAGCGUAUCCGGCUGCUGGACGAGGUGGAGAACCCCGGAUCCACCAGCAGCAUGCUGGAGGAGGACCUGAUCCAGUACUACCAGUUCCUGGCAGAGAAGGGCGACAUCCAGGCACAGGUUGGACUGGGACAGCUGCAUCUAAAUGGUGGAAGAGGAGUUGAACAAAAUCACCAACGUGCCUAUGAAUACUUCAAUCAAGCUGCGAAUGCAGGAAACACACAUGCCAUGGCCUUCUUAGGAAAGAUGUAUUCUGAGGGCAGUGAGUUUGUUCCCCAGAACAAUGAGACAGCCCUGCAGUAUUUCAAGAAAGCUUCUGAACUGGGUAAUCCCGUGGGGCAGAGUGGUCUGGGAAUGGCCUACCUGUAUGGCAGGGGAGUCCCAGUGAACUACGAGUUGGCACUCAAGUACUUCCAGAAAGCUGCGGAACAAGGCUGGGUGGACGGACAGCUGCAGUUGGGAUUCAUGUACUACAAUGGCAUCGGGGUGAAGCGUGACUACAAGCAGGCCCUGAAGUACUUUAACCUGGCCUCUCAGGCCGGCCACAUACUGGCCUACUACAACCUGGCUCAGAUGCACGCCACAGGCACCGGAGUCAUGAGGUCCUGCCACACUGCUGUGGAACUGUUUAAGAACGUGUGUGAGCGCGGGCGCUGGUCGGAGCGGCUGAUGACGGCGUACGGAAGCUUCAAGGAGGGCGAGAUGGACGCGGCGUUGGUGCAGUACUUGCUGCUAGCUGAACAGGGCUACGAGGUUGCCCAGAGCAACGUGGCGUUCAUACUGGACCAGACAGAGGGCUCGCGAAUCUUCAGUGAAAACGAGACGUAUCCGCGCGCCCUGCUCCACUGGACCAGAGCAGCCGCUCAGGGCUACACGGUGGCGCGCAUCAAGCUGGGCGACUACCACUUCUACGGCUAUGGCACGGACGUGGACUACGAGACUGCCGUCAUCCACUAUCGGCUGGCCUCGGAGCAGCAGAACAGCGCGCAGGCCAUGUUCAACCUGGGCUACAUGCACGAGAAGGGCCUCGGCAUCAAACAGGACAUCCACCUGGCCAAGCGAUUCUACGACAUGGCGGCCGAGGCCAGUCCUGAUGCCCAGGUGCCCGUCUUCCUGGCACUCUGCAAGCUGGGCUUCGUCUACGCACUACAGUAUCUGCACGAUCUCAAUCUGAAGGAGGUGGUGUCCCAGGUGGAUCUGGAUCAGCUGCUGGGGCCGGAGUGGGACCUGUACCUGAUGACGGUCAUCGCCCUGCUGCUGGGCACCGUCAUCGCCUACCGCCAGCGCCAGCACCAGGUUCCCCUGCGUCCCCCUCCCCCCGCCCCUGCUGCCGCCGCUGCUCCUCCUGUGCCGCCCCCCAGGCCCGCCGCCCCCCCGCCCCCACCUCCCGCAGACCAGCCCGACGACCAGCCGCCGCAGCCAGCAGCCGACCCCGUGCCAGAGGAACAGUGACAGACCACCAACCACUAGCCACCUCCCCCUAGAGAUCCCACUCUGGGUGGGGGGGGAGGGGAGGGUUAGGAGGGAUGGGCAACAGUGGUGGUGGUGGUGGUGGUGGUGGAGAAGGACAGAAAGGAGAACCAAGAGACGUGCGUGUGGCAUCUGUAACGACCAACCCAACCCAACGACCACCCUCUCUCCUUCCCUCCCUGCCUCAAAUAUCUCACAGCGAAAGUCCACCAGGAAAGGCUGUAUGGAGAGAGCACAGUGUUGUUGGUGGAGAACGAGGCGGAAAGACAGGAGCAUCGAGAAACUCUUAGUGCAUCCAUGUCUUCCUCCUUUACCAUCUGCCCACUCGCGUGUUGUCCAAGGGUAAAUGGCAACGCUGGGUGGCGUGAACCACCACCACUAACCAACCACCACACACACACUAAGCCACACGGUCAACCGUCAUUUUUUUAUACUCAGCUGAUAACUAACAAAAGGUCUCUUCACCGACUCAACCACCCGCAGCAUCCAUUUGAUUUAGCACACAACAACUCUAAUCUCUGCCACCCACCCUGGCUGCCUUAAUGCCAGGAACUGUCAGGUCUGACUGUCUGACCUGAAACCCAUCACUGGGUCAAGAGACUCUUGGGAGACCAAAGUGAAACGAGUGCCCCUUUAAAAACACACAGACCCCCCCCCACUCCACCAGCCCUCUAGUAGCCCUACCUGGGGGGGGAAGGACAAGACUCGUGACGCCAACAGCCACCAUUUUAAUCAGCUUCGAUAAGGAGCGCCUUUAGAAAGAACGAAUAAAUAGACAUUGAUGCAAAGACCGAAUGGAUGAAAGAAAGAAUGGAUGUCUUUACUGCUGGGGGACUGCUAACGGGUGAAGACAUGCCUAUACCACGACACAGACCCGUAGUCGAACUCUUGAACUCGUAGAAGAAAACGAAUGCAAAUGAAUGAGAAGAAAAAAAGUUUAAAAAAAAGAAAGUGUUUUGCUUGCCUGUUGAUGUUGUUUUUGUUCUUUCCAUCUCUUUCUGUAGUUAUGAAUAGCUAUCUUGGCUAGCAAUAUGAGUUUGACAUCACUUGUACUUUUGAGAUCAACUGUGGAGAAUGUUGUCACUGUCGUGAACUUCAUUUGAAAAAAACAAAAAGAAAGGAAUAAAUAAAAAAAGACUCAGGACUUUGGCAGGACAUUGGCAUGUUCUGGUAUGUUCUACUGAAGAACACGUUCUGUAGGCACAUACAUGCGUAUCUAGAGGAACACUGAUGACAAGCCUUCAGACGAAUUUCACCAGGGACUUUUGGAAGCGAAGAGUUGUUAUUGAUGUAAAAAAAUAAAUUUGAUGAAACUUAA